AGGAGGAAAAAUAAGCGCGUCUUAACAAACCUUCUUCACGGAAACGCAGCACCGCAAGGGGGAAAUUGGAUUGGACGAUUGGUGUGUUUGGCCUACCCGGGAACCAUGUUGCAGCGAAAAUCACAACCGAUCUCGUACGAUCCGAUGAUCAUUCCACGUGUGAAGCAGUACCUGGAAGAGCAUGUGCAUCAAACGUUCGUGGAUGUGAACGUGAUGGCGCGGGAUCUACAGCAGCGGUACCGGGAGUACACACGCCGCAAAGCCGUACCGUUUCGCCUGCUCGUCGAGCAGGCCUACCGCACGGUGCUGCACAGCUACGGUCUCGAUAGUAAUCCCACGACGGACGGCGAAGAGGAAGGACUGUCGGACGUGGAGGUGAUGGAUGAGAGUGCGAGCCGGAAUCAGAUGAGCAACACGCUGACCAGUAUGUACAUGGGCGGCAAGGGCGACAACCGGACACCGGCCACCUCAACGAUGCCCUCCUGCACCAUCAGUCAAUCGGGAGACGGUGGAGAAGCCAUCGACAUCAGCAGUGACGAAGAGGAUGAACAGCCGCAGCAACAACAGCAGCCCCAACAGCAGCAGCAGCAGCAGCAGCACAGUGGACCAUCUACGGCAGAUGGUGAUAAGGCAGAUUUCAUCUCCACUCACGUAGCAUCCAACAAGCACGUUACGGUGACGAAGGUCGUACGGGCCAACAAGGUACGUGAGGACGAGAAUAGCAACGAGAGCAUCGCGAGCAGCAAUGGCAAGGAAGCACCGGAGUCAAAGCGACGCCGGGUUGACAACGGUACCUCCAUCACGGCACAGCUGCUUACACAGAUGCGCAACAACCCGCAGCUGAUGGGCCGUGCUGCCGUGCCCAAGGCGACCUCGGGCGGUAAGAAGGCGGCAAACAGUGGCAACAACCAAACGGUAGACAAGGGAAAGGCGAAAAGGUAUCGCAAAGAGGUGGCAUCGCGCGUCGUCAGCACGACGUUCGAGGAUGUCGGUGGUAUGGAUCGGGUGCUGAAGCACUUGUGCGAGUUGCUGCUGCACGUGAAGCAUCCGGAGAUCUACCGUCACAUCGGGUUGCCACCGCCCCGUGGUUUUCUGCUGCACGGACCACCAGGUUCGGGUAAAACGCUGCUCGCACAGGCCAUCGCCGGGCAAUUGAAAAUCGAAUUGAUCGAGGUGCCCGCCACGGAGCUGGUGGCGAGUCUUUCGGGUGAAUCGGAGGAACGGAUCCGCGAAGUGUUCGAGCAGGCUGCAGCAAUGGCACCGUGUGUCCUGUUCAUUGACGAGAUUGAUGCGAUUUCGUCAAACAGGAUCAAUGCCCAGAAGGAUAUGGAACGGCGUAUCGUGUCCCAGCUGCUCAACAGUCUCGAUACACUCGGCAAACUGGAGGGAGGCGAUGGUGUGAUCGUGAUCGGUGCCACCAAUCGGCCCGAUGCGAUUGAUCCAGCCUUGCGCCGUAUCGGGCGUUUUGAUCAGGAGAUUUCGCUCGGCAUACCGGACCGUGAGGCACGCCGGCAGAUACUGGAGAUCAUCUGCAGGAAGCUGAAAAUCGCUGAAGACAUUGAUUAUGGUGAACUGGCGAAGCUGACACCGGGUUACGUCGGUGCAGAUUUGCUUGCACUGGCCACACGGGCAGCUAAUACGGCCAUCAAACGGCUGUUUACGCAGCAGGAGCAAAAGAUGCUGCUGGAAUCGUUCGACGAUGUUGUGGCGAUCGAUGAUGAACCCGUCGAGGUGGUAAACAUUGACGAUGAAAAGGAAGAUAUGCCUCCAGUUGCGCCGGAAGACGAGAAAACUGCUGAAGCUCCGAUUGAAGUCGGUGGAGAAGGGAGCGCGAACAACGAGGCAGCUGGGGUGUCAUUGACCGAUCAACCGGAAAAAACCACCGAGGAAUCGGCCCGAGCGGAGAGCAUCGCAGAACCGGCCGUUAGCACAUCAUCGGACACGGAUCCGACGGUUCCGACGACUGAAGUUAUUGACAAAGAGGCCACCAAUGACGAGGUCGCUCCGAUGGAAGUGGAUCAAACAGCCAAUCAACCGUCAUCGGAUGCCGAAGCCGCCAGUGCUGCCGCUGUGGUAACGGAUAUAGUGGAAGCUGAUAAUGCCGGGACUUCAAAUGGACCCACAGUGGACGCUUCGCUACCAGACGUUAUAACGAACGGAGCAGCUACGGAGAAGGAGAAUGCCGAUGAGCAGCCGCAGCGCCACCAAGAAGAGGCGGAAAAGGAGAGACCAACGAAAGAGAUGUCCACCGUGCCUCCGAUGGCUCCUCCCAAAGAACUUACCCUGGAUAAGAUGUUGGACCUGUUGUUGAACCAACAGAAUGCCCUGCCGGCGACGGAACUGGAUGGAUUGCACAUCGAGCGGGACGAUUUCAUCGAGUCGCUCAAGACGGUGCAACCGUCGGCGAAGCGCGAGGGCUUCAUUACAGUGCCGGAUGUGACCUGGAACAACAUUGGUUCGUUGGGUGAUAUACGCGAGGAGCUAAAGCUGGCUAUUCUGGCCCCGGUCAAGUACCCACAGCGGCUGAAGCUACUCGGCCUCACAUCUCCUUCGGGUGUGCUGCUCUGCGGGCCACCGGGUUGCGGUAAGACGCUGCUCGCCAAAGCCGUUGCCAAUGAAGCAGGCAUUAACUUCAUAUCGGUGAAGGGUCCGGAGCUGCUCAAUAUGUAUGUCGGUGAAUCGGAACGAGCCGUACGGCAAUGCUUUCAGCGAGCGCGCAACUCGGCCCCUUGCGUCAUCUUCUUCGACGAGUUCGAUGCCCUGUGCCCUAAACGGUCCGAUACUGCGAGCAACAGUGCAGGGACACGCGUUGUCAAUCAACUGCUCACGGAGAUGGAUGGUAUCGAGGAGCGCAGGGGCGUAUUUCUCAUGGCGGCCACUAACCGACCCGAUAUCGUCGAUCCGGCCGUCCUUCGUCCGGGCCGCCUGGAUAAGAUCCUUUACGUGGGACUACCGGCUCUCACCGAUCGGGUGGACAUUCUAAGGGCACUCACCAAAAACCGUAGCCAGCCACCACUGGCCGAUGAUGUGGAGUUCGAGAAGGUGGCCGAACUGACCGAGGGUUAUACUGGUGCCGAUUUGGCCGGUCUGGUACGCCAAGCAUCGCUACAAACGCUGAAAGAUUCUAUCGUCGAGGCGGGUGCGCAAGAGGACGCAGAUGAUGAUGUGCAACUUGUUGGUUCCGAUGUCGAGACACUGUUGCGAGUACGGAUGGCACAUUUCCUUGAGGCGAUACGAAACAUCAAACCAUCCGUCAAUGCAGAGGACAAAAAGCAUUACGAAAAGCUACGCCUCAAGUAUGGUGCUGUAGCAGCUCUGUGCUAGUAGCACCAUCAAAACUAACGAUCAUAAGUUCCCCCCCCCCCCCCCCACAUUCACCACACACCCACGUCGUAUUACUACACGUUGCCGCUCCCGAUCAUCAUUCUCAUUGCUGAUGUUGACCAGCCUACUUCGUUCGAACCUAACUAUGGUAACCGGGAUCCAUUAAAGCAAGUGGAUCUGCAAGAUAGGAGUUUGUAACACUUAGCUGUAUCAAUCUGAUUCGUGCGCGUAUCAGGGAUGUGUUGUCUUGACACUGAAUAAAGAAUAUUCUCGUACAAAAGCAAAC